AUGCCCAAGUCGUCGCUGGUAUCGACGCACAAGCAGUCGUUGGUCCCGACGCUCGAGUGGUCGCUGGUACCGACGGUUAAGCAGUCGCUGGUGCCAACGCCCAAGCAGUCGCUGGUCCCGAUGCCCAAGUAUCGCUGGGCACCGACGCCCGCGCAGUCGCUGGUCCCGACGCCCAAGUAA